UUUGUCUAUUGAUUUGUAAUGAACUCGGUAUUCGUCAACAACGUGAACACGUUAAACAACUUAUAGCAUGAUCGGGCUGACAUGUUUAGCCAUCCUGUUAGAUCCGUCCCCCCUUCUCUCGGCUUAUUGCUGACACGUCACGGAGGUCACGGAGACACAGGAGCAAAGAUGGCGACCGCCUACGAGAGCUUCAAUUUGCACACCACCCCGGAGAAGUUCUUCAUCGAGGCCUGUGACAAUGGCGCCAGUGAUGUCCUGGCCAUCGACAGGGUGUCCACAGAGAUGACUCUCACAGGGAGGAAGGAUGUCCCUCCGUCAGCGGUCACCAGGCCCAUCUCUGGAAUCAUGGGAACAAUUCGGCUGGUGGCAGGGAUGUACCUCAUCGUCAUCACUAAGAAACGGAAGGUGGGCGACCUUUUCGGCCACGCCGUGUGGAAGGCGGUCGACUUUGACGUGAUCUCCUACAAGAAAACCGUUCUGCACUUGACGGACACCCAGAUGCAGGACAACAAGACCUUUCUGUCCAUGAUCAACAACGUGCUGACCACAGACGGCUUCUACUUCGCCACCGACUACGACCUGACCCACACCCUGCAGCGGCUCUCCAACACCAGCCCUGACUUCCAGGAGAUGAGCCUGCUGGAGCGGGCAGAUCAGAGAUUUGUAUGGAACGGGAAUCUCUUGAGAGAAUUCAUUGCACAACCAGAGCUCCACAAGUUUGUAUUCCCAGUCAUCCAUGGAUUCAUUGUAAUGAAGUCCUGCUGUAUUAAUGGGAAGAUCUUUGACUGGAUCGUUAUCUCCAGAAGGAGCUGCUUCCGGGCGGGGGUGCGGUACUACGUGAGAGGCAUUGACUCGGAGGGCCACGCUGCUAACUUUGUGGAGACGGAGCAGAUUGUCCAGUACAAUGGAGGGAAGGCAUCAUUUGUACAGACUCGAGGGUCCAUGCCCUUCUUCUGGUCCCAGAGGCCCAACUUGAAGUACAAGCCCAAGCCACAGAUCAGCAAAACCACCAAUCACUUGGAUGGCUUCCAGAGACACUUUGACUCCCAGAUCAUCACCUAUGGAAAGCAAGUCAUUCUAAACUUGGUCAACCAGAAGGGGUCAGAGAAGCCCCUGGAGCAGGCUUUUGCUAAAAUGGUGUCCAACCUGGGAAAUGGCAUGGUCAAGUACAUAGCGUUUGACUUCCACAAGGAGUGCAGUCGGAUGAGGUGGGACAGGCUCCAGAUCUUGGUGGACGCCGUCUCGAAGAUGCAGGACGAAUUUGGCUACUUCCUGGUGGACUCGGACGGGAAGGUGCAGAUGCAGCAGGAGGGCACGUUCCGCAGUAACUGCAUGGACUGCCUGGACCGGACCAACGUCAUCCAGAGCCUGCUGGCCCGCCGGUCGCUGCAGUCCCAGCUGCAGAGGCUGGGUGUCCUGCACGUGGGCCAGCGCAUUGAAGAGCAGGCCGAUUUUGAGAAGAUCUACAAGAACGCAUGGGCUGACAAUGCCAAUGCGUGCGCCAAGCAGUAUGCAGGCACAGGAGCUUUGAAGACUGAUUUCACCAGGACAGGGAAGAGGACCCAGUGGGGGCUGGUGAUGGACGGCUGGAACUCCAUGAUCAGAUACUACAAAAAUAACUUCUCUGAUGGCUUCAGACAGGACUCCAUCGAUCUCUUCCUGGGGAACUACGCUGUAGACGAGGCAGACGGACCCACACCGCUCCAUGUCCAGAAAGACUGGAAGUUCCUCACGCUGCCUAUCAUCAUGGUGGUUGCAUUCUCCAUGUGUAUCAUCUGCCUCCUCAUGGCUGGUGACACGUGGACGGAGACGCUGGCCUACGUGCUGUUCUGGGGCUCAGCGAGCGUGGGCACGGCCGCCGUCAUCCUGUUCAACGGCCACGAGUUCGUGGAUGCGCCCAAGCUGGUGCAGAAGGAAAAGAUGGACUGAAUGUGUGUGUGUGGAAAGCAGCUCGGUCCUGCAGACUCUUCCUCUUCCACCUCCUCCUCCUCUUCCUCCUCCUCCCAACUGCACCAGGCCUGGAGUCUGUACUGACCUGCUCUCCACACUGUCCUCACACUCGAGUUUUCUGUUCCAGAGCUGCUGUCUCUCCACCAGGGAGCACACGGACCCCGCGCCGACGGUCCCUUCCACGCCGCUGCUCAUCCGCAUCCCACAAUUCCUUGCUCUCGUCCGGCACCGGGCCUGGUGUCUGUACUGACCAACUCCCUGCACUGCUGUUAGUUUCCAAUCCCACGAUUCCUUGCCCACAUCUAUGGGUCUGGUGUCUCUUCCAGCCUGCUCUCCUCUCGUAUGUCUAUCCCAGAGGCCCUUUCACUCUAACAGGGAGCACCUCAUUUGUCUCCAGUAUUUGUCACUAUUGUCAGAGGGGUCUGUGUGUUUAUUGUCUUUGGUGAGCAGUAGGAAGAGGGGCGUUCUUUCUUAGAAGAGGUGUUUCUUAUUGUCUCUUUAGGGGAGGAAGAAGGCACCUGUACAGGGAAGCAGUCCCGGUCUGCCUGCUCUGUCUGUUCAGGAGAUUUUUUUGAAAACUUCGGACUCAGAUGAGGCUCACAUGAGUUUCUCUUAGUCUACCUUAUGAAUUGCUGUCACAGAAUGCUUUUACACCAGUGUAGAUUUCAUACAAGGUUACCAUUACAUGCACUAAUAAACAGAACACAUCGCUUUGAUCAUGUCUACAAUGCUGUAUAGUCUCGUUGUGGUUGAGGAGUCCACAGGGAACAGCCUGGCACAUACAGUAUUUAGAAGAAUUAGAAUUUUAGAAGUGUUUACAGUAUAAUGUCAAUUUUUUAUUUUUAGUCUUCCUCCUGAUUUCAGCAAACCUGAAAAUAUUCAUAUUUAAUGGUGUACAAAAAUCAUGAAAACAGAUCAUUCCUCUCUCUCAUGAGCCCACCUUCACAUAAAGAUUACCAAGGGACUCCUGGAGAAACCAGUCAUUUCCCUCACAUUUUUUAAGCAGGACUGUUUGAGAGAAAUCGCACAAGAGUGGUGGAGCCUUCAAGAUAAUACAAGGUUAAAUUAGGACCACUUCAACACUUCAAUCAGAACUAAUGGUGGUGUCGCUUUGCCAUUUUUCCUCCACUACGCAACAGCGCCCCCUCUGGCAGAGUGGUGGUUUGCUUGUUAGUUUUGAAUUAGCUCCUCCCAGUUUCCGCUCCCUGCUGUCUAAACUCUGCUCUGACUACACACCAUUGUGGAGCCCUAUUGUACAUGUUUGCCCAGCAGUGUGGGAACAGGGCGGACUUGCUGAGGGUUGUAUUUUAUUGGAAUUCACUUGUACUAUGUUUCUCAUUCUGACACUUUCAGGAAGGAUUCAGACCAAUCAGAAUGUAGAAUAUUUUACUAUGCCUUUCUCAUGUUGUUGCUCUGCUAUCGAUUUAGUGGUCCAAAGUGCGAUACUGUACAUAAUGCAGUGCUGAGUGCAUCCAUCAUGCUGUACUAUAGUUGCCAUGUUUUACGGUCUUUGGUAUAAGGAUGAUGUCACUGACUUGGCUGCUUUAGCUAGUUUUAACCCUUUAGUGCACAUAGUUGCAGUGUACUUCUGCAUUUACAGAGAAUACUUUUAUUCUUUGUAAGAAAAAAAAGCAGUUUACCAUUAUUUGCAAUAAAAAAAAACAUGCUCUGUUAAUAGAUAAAGAUUUUCUUGAAGCCACAUUUUAGGCUUGACUGCUUUGCUAAGCAAGAAAAAAAGUGAUGAAUUCUCAACCAACUUAAGCUUGUCUACUGUGCAAACUCUAUGUAUAAAUGAGACCUGUAAAGUGUACAUUUUAGGUAAUCUAUGUAUCAUAUACAUUUCCUUGUAAUUAUGUACUGUAUAUUUUACAUUGGGAUCUGUAUGCAGAAUAGUUGUCAAUGCAAAUCAUGUACAAGCAAAGAUGGUAAGGUUGGUGCUCAAGCCACCUAUUUAGAUGACUUGUAAUUUGGUGACAUCCAGAUGGCAUGGAAAAGAUGAAUAGAUUACUUGUGUUUCCUUCAUUCCUGUUGACAACUUUACUGCAUUUGAAUUAGAUUUUUUUCAGAUUGUUUACUAUAGUUAAAUAUGACUUCAAUUAUAUAAAUCUCCAUGCUGGGAAGAAAUUAAAGCAAGCAAGAUACUUCCUUCCUCUCAGUUAGUUUUAUUUUGCAUUGUAACUCUCACCAGUAUUUUCUCCGUUUUUGAAAAUGCAAUAAUAAUAGUUUGCUUGGCAUGAUGGGUCUGUCUGUAUUUUUUCUGAAAUCAUUUUGAAUGGUAUUUAAGAGGAAGGAUUUUUUUCUUUACGUUUCUUUGAGUAAGUCAUACUGAGAUCACUGUGUGAAUCAGCAUCCAUUCCAGUGUUAUUUGCAUCCAGUUAUUCAGUUCUCCCCAGUCCAGACUAUUACACAGGUGUUCAGAGUGAGACUUAUUGUACUGAUUCCCCUCCUCCCUCCGCACAUACGCCCCUGACCUAGAUAUUCACAUUUUGCUUAAAAGGCACCUAGCGCUGGCUUUAUGAGAAAGUAAAAACAAAUUAUGAAAGUACUGGCUUGGUCAUACCAAGGAUUUAUAAAUCAGCCUUAUACUGGCCAUUGGCUUUGUGUGUGUGCUCACAUCCAGCUGAACACUUUCUCUGGGGGCUGAUUACAAAAUACUGAUUUUUGUCCUUUCUUAUCUUUGUCCUUACUCUGAAUUUUGUCCUGAGUCAAUUUCAGGUUCCAAUAUACAUAACAUACCAUGUGUCUAAUAUGAAAAGACCUGAUGAUUGAAAACUGUCCUGGGUGCCAUUUAACACUAUAUUAAAAGGGUUUAUAUAAAAUGGUGGGCUGCAUUCCAACAGUCUUCAUAUGAUUGGUUUAGUAUGGCAUAAUGUGUGUAUAAAAUAAUAAUGAUAAAAUGGGUGUAAACUUACAUAUACAGACUAGAUAAAAGAAAAUGAUGUAACUGUUUUAAUGAUACCAGCUUGCUGGUUGUUACACACAUUUUUGUUAUUCUGAACGACUCAUCAUGAAUGAUUUAAGAAAAGGGCAUUUGAAAUUAAGCCUGAAAUCUUUGUCUUGUUUUGUUUUAUUUAUAAUUUUUUCUCAUUAUUUACAUUCUGCAAUAGAUGGUCAUAGAGGGGGAUAACAAUCGGGGGAUGAAAUACUGGGAUAAUGGGUAAUAUCUUUAAUGAGUUUUAUGUCUUGAUUUUUUUUCUGUACAUUCCUUCAUUCUGAACUAAAUUCUUGUCAUGCAGACUCCACAUAUCCACUUAUGUUGACUGGAGUGUCUGUUGCUAUGGCCGUUGCUUAAUUGCAGAACUCACUUUUCAUUGCUGUUUGUCUUAAAAGCAAAGAAAUACCUUGAUAAAGGAGGGCUCGUGAAAAACAUUCCAAUGGUCCAGGUUUGUUGCAUCUCUCCCCUGUUCUUAUUUAAAUGACAGUAGUUACAGUGUGAGACUUAUUCUAUUCUAGGUGUAACCCAAAAAAAAAAAAAAAAAAUUGUUAGGAAACCAUUUUCUCUGGUACUGUUGGUUCUGUCACCGGUGUGAUGUAUACACAUGGAGGUGUCAACAUUACUGAAAAAUCUUUCUCUUUC